AUGCCGUCGUCGAGCGCAAAGACGGUGCUGGAGACGGCGACGGCGACGUCGACGUGCACCCCGGAGACGGUGAAGUGCAAGCACGUGUUUGACAUCCACGGAUACAGCCAGCACAAGCUCCUCGGCCCCAACGUCUACAUCAGCUCGGGUGCCUUCGCCGUCGGCGGCUUCGACUGGAACAUCAGAUACUACCCCGGCGGGUACCUGAAGCCCAAAUACGUGUCCGUCUACCUGGAGCUCCUGAGCGCCGGCGCCCGCGUGCGCGCAUCCUGCGACCUGACCAUCGUCGGCCAGCGCCCCGGCGCACCUUCCCUGGUGUCGCGCACCCCGCCCAUGCUCUUCAGCUCCGAUCUCAGCAGGUUCGCGCCCAGCACCAGCAAGUUCGUGAAGAGGAGAAAGCUGGAGGCGGCGUCCUUGGGGCUCGUCCACGGCGACCGGCUCGUCAUCGAGUGCGUCGUCACCGUCUUCAUGUACCCGACCGUCGUCACCCGGACGGCCGCGCCGAACGAGGACCCGCCCUCGGACCUGCACCGCGACCUCGCCAGGAUGUACGAGUCCCAGGCCGGGGCGGACAUCGGCUUCCUCGUCGGAGGGCAGGGCUUCCGGGCCCACGGCACCGUGCUGGCCAUGAGGUCGCCGGCGUUCAUGGCGGAGGUCGUGCGUGGCGGAGGGUUGGGGUUCUCGGGCGGGUGCGUCGACAUCAACGACAUGAAGCCUGAGGCCUUCGACGCCCUCCUUUACUAUAUCUACAUGGAUUCGCUCCCUGCCGCCAUGAGCAACGUGGACGGAGACCGUAAGAGGGAGCUUGUCAUGGAUCUACUUGCGGCUGCGGACCGGUACGGUAUUCAAAGGUUGAAGCUAAUAUGUGAAACCGCCCUCUCCAAGACCCUUGAGGCCAACACAGUGGUGACCACGUUGACUUCAGCUGAGAAGCAUCACUGCCAGAGGCUCCGUCAGGCUUGUCUUCAAUUUAUAGCUUCUUCUGUUAAUCAAAUCAAGUGA